GGGACUGCCUGGUUGCGAAGGUAGUGGUCGUGGUGGUGUGCUGCAAGAAGCAAGUGUUUCCUCUGGGCUUGCAGCUUGCUGCCAGGAGGUGAGCUUAAUCUUGCCUGAGACGCAUCUUUGGACUCAAUCGGGGCACGAAAUUACGAUGCCAUCCCCGAUGGAGGGAUCUUCCAGAGAAGGUGACCUGUUUACUGUGAAACACGAGCUGAAAAAUGCCAACCUGACGGGCCACGUAGAGAGGGUGGGCAUUGAAAACUUCGAGCUACUAAAGGUGCUGGGCACAGGAGCGUACGGCAAGGUGUUCCUGGUGAGGAAAGUGAGCGGCCACGAUGCGGGGAAGCUGUACGCCAUGAAGGUUCUGAAGAAGGCCACCAUCGUGCAGAAGGCGAAGACGGCCGAGCACACGCGGACGGAGCGGCAGGUGCUGGAGCACAUACGCCAGUCUCCGUUCCUCGUCACGCUUCACUACGCCUUCCAGACGGACACCAAGCUGCACCUCAUUCUCGAUUAUGUUAACGGAGGGGAGCUCUUCACACAUUUGGUGCAAAGGGUGCGGUUUAAGGAGCAAGAAGUAGCCCUGUACAGUGGAGAGAUUGUGUUGGCACUAGAACAUUUGCACAAGCUUGGGAUCGUCUAUCGAGACCUGAAGCUUGAGAAUAUUCUGCUGGAUUCACACGGUCACAUAGUCCUCACCGACUUUGGCCUUAGUAAAGAAUUUGAUCAGGUUGAACGGGCUUUCUCUGUCUGCGGAACUAUUGAAUACAUGGCUCCAGAAAUCGUGGAAGGAGGCGAGUCUGGACACGACAAGGCGGUGGACUGGUGGAGCCUCGGCGUGUUGAUGUACGAGCUCCUGACUGGUGGGUCGCCCUUCACCGUCGACGGAGACGAGAACUCGCACACAGACAUUGCCAAGAGGAUUUCCAAAAAAGAUCCUCCGUUCCCCAAAGACAUGGGACCACUGGCCAAAGACCUAAUCCAGAGACUCCUCAUCAAAGAUCCAAAGAAGAGAUUAGGUUCGGGUCCUAGCGGGGCCGAGAAUGUGAAAAAACACCCUUUUUAUCAGAAAAUAAACUGGGAGGACUUGGCAGCUAAGAAGGUGCCCGCACCGUUCAAGCCGGUGAUUCGAGACGAGCUGGACGUGAGCAACUUUGCGGACGAGUUCACGGAGAUGGACCCGACCUACUCGCCUGCAGCUCUGCCCCAGAACUGCGACCGCAUCUUCCAGGGUUACUCCUUCAUGGCCCCCUCCAUCCUGUUCAAGAGGAAUGUGGUGAUGGAUGACCACGUCCAGCUGUGUGGGGGCUCUGAGAGGCCGGGCUCUGCUGCGGUGGCCCGCAGCGCCAUGAUGAAGGACUCUCCUUUCUACAUGAGUUAUGAGAUGGACCUGAAGGACAGCGCUCUGGGAGAGGGCAGCUUCUCCAUCUGCAGACGGUGCACACACAAGAAGACCGGACAGAAAUACGCGGUCAAGAUCGUCAGCAAGAGGAUGGAGGCUCAGACUCAGCGGGAAAUCGCCGCCCUGAAGCUCUGCGACGGCCACCCCAACAUCGUCAAGUUACACGAAAUUUACCACGAUCAGCUCCACACAUACCUGGUUCUGGAGCUGCUUGGCGGAGGGGAGCUGCUGGAGAGGAUCCGCAGGAAGCAGCACUUCAGUGAGACGGAGGCCAGCCGCAUCAUGCGCAAGCUGGUGUCCGCCGUCAGUCACAUGCACGACGUGGGAGUGGUGCACAGGGACCUGAAACCGGAGAACCUGCUCUUCACGGACGAGAGCGAGAACUCCGAAAUAAAAAUCAUAGACUUCGGCUUCGCUCGUCUCAAGCCACCAGACAAUCAGCUCCUGAAGACUCCGUGCUUCACGCUGCAGUACGCCGCGCCAGAGAUACUCAAAUACGACGGCUACGAUGAGUCCUGCGACCUGUGGAGUCUGGGGGUCAUUCUGUACACCAUGCUGUCCGGCCAGGUGCCUUUUCAGUGUCAGGAGAAGAGCCUGACGCACACCAGUGCUGAGGAGAUCAUGAAGAAAAUCAAACAGGGAGACUUCUCGUUCGAAGGAGAGGCCUGGAGGAACGUGUCCCAGCAGGCCAAGGAGCUCAUACAAGAGCUGCUGACGGUGGACCCAAACAAGAGGAUUAAGAUGUGCAGCCUCCGUUACAACGCCUGGCUCCAGGACGACAGUCAGCUGUCCUCCAACCCUCUGAUGACCCCCGACAUCCUCGGCUCCUCCACUGCCUCCGUCCACACUUACGUCAAAGCUACCUUUAAUGCGUUCAACAAAUGUAAGCGGGAAGGUUUCCGCCUGCAGACGGUGGACAAGGCGCCGCUAGCCAAGAGGAGGAAGAUGAAAAAGACGAGCACCAGCACGGAGACGCGCAGCAGCUCCAGCGAGAGCACCCACUCCUCUUCCUCCUCCUCCCAGUCUCAGGAGAAGACUUUUUCCGAGGGCGACGCCAACCCGCCGCCCUGCGGCAGCACUCCUCUCACGACCCCCGUCAGCACACCGGUGGCCGUGGGGACGGACUCCGGCCACCAACCAGCACCUCCAGCCUUUCACUUCGCGGACGGACAGUGAGACUAAAGAGCGAGAUUAUAUAUAUAUGAAAAAAAAAAAAAUCCAGAUUCAGGUGGUUUUUUCGUGAACCGAAAGGACGGCUCGGACCAGCGUUAGAGACGGCUCUCUUCUUUUUCUGUGUCCCUGGCAGCUCUCUGCCUCCGGCUCAAUUGCAUGGACGUCCGCACGUCUCCGAAUCAAGCAUGCCGCAGGAGCAGCAAAACCGUCACCUCAAUAUCAAUCAAUCAACCAAUCAAUCAUCACUAGCAAUAGCCUAUCCUUUGUUUCUCUCUGACUUUCACACACUGUAUCAAUCAGGGACUGGACCAGGAAGAAGUUAUCAUCGGUGUCCUACAUGAAAAGGGCUGCCCUACUGUCCCAGCCCCCCCCGCCCCCCCGUACCCCCUCCCCUUUGUCCAGACAGACAGACAGUGGAGAGACUUCUUCGGUCUCGUCAUCCGGUCUCGGUCUGCGUCCACGUCUCCACAAGUUCUAAAGGGAAAGUCGCUGUGUUUACACCAGGGUUUGCUUCGUAGCUGCUUUGUAGGGCGAGAAGAAAACGCAGCUUCGCGUAACGUGGGUCCACGUCUCUGCGAGAUGGAGCAGGUUAUUUAUAUGUGAAUUUUACAGACUGAAAUUUAUUUAUGAUAAGCUAUACUGUUAACUUAUUUAUGGUUCCGAAUGAUCCGAAAAAGAAAUAACGGAUGUGGCGAAGUCUUUUUAAAAAAAAAAGAAGAAGAAGAAGAAAAGAAAAAGAGAAAAUAUUUUGUGUACGUGUGUGUGUGUUUCCCUAUCAGCUCGAAAAGACUGUUUCCAUGUAGUCAUACAUAUCUCUUUGUAGUUACACAUCAAUGCCUCCUGUAGGUUGUUAAGAGACACUUACGUAGUCAUUGUGAGUUUAUUAUAGGCAAGAAGAGAUUAAAACCAUUAGCCGCUGGUUGAAGGUUCAUCCAAAUUCCUCUAACCAGAGUCCUUUUAUGAAUUUUAAAGUUAUUUAUGGAGGCUGUGUACCGUGAUAAAAAAUGUUCCAUGUCCAUGUGGAUAAAAGAAGCAAACUCUUUUUUUUGUAGGAACAAACCAAAUGUGGAUGUACUGUGUUCAGCCAAAUUAUGUGUUUUUAUUGUUGUUUGGGGAAUAGUGCCGCCUGAAGGGAUGCGACCUCGCAAGAAGAGCAACAUUAUUUUUUUUUUUUUGCUUCCAGUGUGGGAGUGUGACUACUUAACGUCUCAGCGCUGCCGCCGCUGUCCCACACGGUCCGAUCAGUCGGCCGGGUAUUUAGCCCGGCAGUGGAUUUGCCUCGCGUUGGUGUAAGACUUAAUUGUCACACACUCGCUGCGACCAAUUGGAUUGAGCAAAAAGUCCUAAAUAGAAAAUUUGGAUCAGCUUAGUGUGAGGUGAACGCGUCGGGUGGCUUGAGGUUUCCACUGGGCAGUUUUUUUAAGUGACCUCCUUUUGAGGUCCGUGUGCCAAAAUGUAACUUGAACCAGAUCGGAGGCUGCGAUUGUAAAGGUGGACAUUUUAAAGUGAUAUAUAGAUAUAUAUAUAUAUCUAUAUAUAAAGCAAAAAGUACUUUAAAACACCUACCCUCAAGGAAGAAGUUCUCCUUUUACUUUUGCUGCCGUCCUCGCUCUCUUUACUAACGUCGUACUGCGUGACUGAAACGGUUGAUCUUUGCACUGUGUGGCAGCUCGCACUUCGAGGCAGAUAUCUGGUUAGUGUUAAAUCCCCAGAGUACGAUGUGAACUGAAACAUCAACCACUUUCUUUUUCUUUUUUUUUUUCUUUUUCAGGGCGCAGAUUCUUACUUGAUCUCGUUUGUUUACUUGCACAUUUCCUUGAUUUAAGUUUUAUUAUUUAAAUUGUGAUGGAUGUAUUAAAAAAAAAACAAAAAAAAAGAAAAGGAAAAAGUUACCCUUGUUACAAUAGCCUAAAAAAGUUGAUUAUCCCAGUGUUGCCAUACUUGGUGUUAGUUGGGUUAAAGAGUUAAAUGCCAUGCUCUGCUUAAUGUUUCUUAUUGAUCAUGUCUUAGUCUGUUUCCACGGUGAUACUGUAUUUUGUUGACGUGCGUCGGGGGUAUUUGGUAUCAGUAUAUGUGAAGCUGCCUGGAGACGGUUUCUCCUCCUGUUCAGUCUCGAAACUCGUCGUCGGACUGUCGUGUGCUUUUUUUUUUUAAACACACUCCCUCAUCUUCUUCCGUUGUGAUGCACUCUGAUUCAGAACCAAAGCAUUAACUUCAAGGUAGCUGCUUUAAGCUGCAUGAGAUGAGAUUUCCUUUUCAUGCAAAUAUGCAAAGAAAUGCUCCAUGUGUCGCGCUCUCUCUUUCUGUUUUGUUCCGUCCCCGUCUGUGAGACGUGUUCCGUGUCGGGUGAAGACGGCGUGUUCUCCUCUGGAGAUAUUAUCUGUAUCUACACAACAUCCAUAUCCAGCGCAUUAUCAUGCUUAAAACUAUGCAUUUCCUUUUUUUCCGCUGUUGUGUCGCUUUCAUCAUUUCAAAAAAAAAGACCUCAUCAAACGGGUUCAAGCAUAGUGCUUAAAAGGGCGGAACACAAUGUACACAUGCUGUACUCCCAUGGCAUCGGCCACAAUGGAAAUAGCAAAGUAGGAUCCAUUGCCCUCGUGAAAAAGCCGGGAUCCUUGGAGCUAAACACUACAAAGCUCUCGUCUAACUUAGUUCGCAUGAGUUCCCCGUUGCUGCCUCAUUAAGCCUCUUUUCUUUUGUUUGGGUGUAUUAAUAGCUCGAGUGGAGGAAGAGGAAGAGUGUCCUAUAUUGAGCUCCCCUCUGGGAGCCAGGCUCUAUUAGCCGAUGUGCUGCAGCGCUGUUUGUUCCAAAGAAAAUACCGUCCUCCACUCCCUGCCUCUGUGGGACCAAGCUCACUUUCUUUGUAGGGGAAAUAACAGCGCAUCACUGGAAAAGGGUUGGUUUAGCAGCAGCGUCUCUCGGGGGCUGAUUUUCAAACUAGGUUCCCCCCCCCACCCUUUGAUGAACAACUUGUUCACCGCUAUAAGGAAGAGAGACGGAGGGAGGGACGGAGGGAGGGAGGGCGGUUUUGAGGUCCUCUUGUCUUUGAUACUUUUCCCUGGAAUUUUAAUGAAAGUUCCCUCUCAGCCUACAGUGCUUCCUCUUUUUUUUUCUUUUUUUUUUAAGCUUGAAAACAUCACACCUAAUGAGCUAAACCUUUGUACAGUUCUGAAACAUAAAUAAUUAGAGGGCUUCUAGUAAUUGUUUUGUAUCAAGCCAAAAAAAAAGAAAGAAAGAAAAAAGAAAUUGGCUUGGGAUGUUUCUGUGUGCCGUGGUGUCAUGUGUGCGAUUACGAGGCAGAUAUUGAAGGUGACAUGUUGCACUGAAAGCAUGGCUUCUCAGCUGGGCUUCUCCUUUGUGCAUGCAUCGUCUGUGAAAGUCAUCACUUCUUUGGGCAGAUGUUGCAGCUCGCGUCUUUUUUAUUUCGUCAGCGUUUACCACGAAUAGAUUUGGAGCUGGCCGUGGUGCUGAAACCGGCCCCAACUCUUUUCACUGUUGAGGUGUAAUAAUAAUGUGAUUCUUUGAAGAAAACAAAUCCACCGGUACCUUGAAAUACUGUCAAGUAGCUGAGCUGCUUUGAAGGGUGUGCUUCAGGUAAAAUACACACGAGCAACACAAAUUGCAAAUUGGUGAAAACCCGAUUUUUUUGUGUCUGUUGUGUUUGUUUUUGAAAAAUGUCGACACAAUGGACGGAGCUUCUAUCAACCUGACUCAGACGUAGCAAAAAAAUAUUGUGAAUAAAUGCUGGAAACGUGCAGCUUUUGCUACUCUAAACCCAGAAAUCCCUGUGUCUUGUAUGAAAAUUCAGCCAUAAUUGAAUUUACAAUCACUGGCCAGUUUAUUAGGUACACUACUGAAAACAACUGCAUGUUACUAUAGCGUCAUUAAAUCCCAGUUCAUGACUGUUCAGUUUAUGCUAAAAACAGUGUAUGAAAGCUGGUAAUUCAGUUGUAUGAUGACUGAAAUAGGGUUGCCAAAAUAAUAGAAACAUGUGUCAGUACUGCACAGUUAAAUCUCUUGGUUAGUUUUAAACAAAUUCUAAAUACCAUGGAGCUAAGACUUAAUGGAGGACUGUUAUAUGAGGAUGUUUUCACAAGUGUACCUAAUGUUUUGGCAAGCCUAGUUGGUCAAGAAACCUUUAUUAACCACCGACUUCGAUGGUGACUAAUUUCAGAAGAAAUAAAAGCGUGUUACCAGUUUUCAUCGGUCUUACCUGAUACUCUUGAUUCUCGCAGAAAACUCCAGUGUUAAAUGUGAAGUCGGCAACAAAUGCGUUUUUUGAUUCGUGGAGGGAAACUGAUGCUUUUGCGCGCGCAGUUCAAGGGACGUUAAGCAUCCUCGUCGACAUCGUCACCGCUGCAUGUGCUGCUGCUCGACUCCCGUCUGUUUUUCGCUGUCAUGUUGUCACUAAAGUGUUGCAAAAGAAAAAUAGUACUGUAGCAGUGAAUCCCUUUCAGAUUGGUUAAUACUAAAACUGUAAAAGAAAAAAGAAGAAGAAGAAAAAAAAAGCUUUAAGGGCAAAACUUUGCACUUAUUUGUUUGAGUCUUUUGUAAGAAUCUUUUGGUUUUUGUGCAGAUGUUGAUCUUGGUCUGUUUCUGUUGAUCGUCCGACAUUUCUAAUAUACUACGAUAUAGAAACCUCAACACCGGAUAGUACUUUAACUUCAAAGAUGUGCAUACCUGCUUCUUAGGGCACUGUGAGAAUCAUCAUUCAGGUCUUUAGGCACACCGUUGAUAGUGCAAAGAAUAAACCUUGAUCUGCUUCAAUAAAUGCUUUACUUGCUGGCUGACGACAUCUGUACAUGUUAAAAAUCUUGACACCAGACGUGACGAGUCUUUUAUCAGAUCCUUGGCUUAGUUGUAUUUUCAAGUGUAUUUACAUCAUUGCCGAAGAUAUUUUGUGAUACCAGGAUUUGUGUGUAUGUCGGAAGGACAAUAAAUGUACAAUUUCCUGUUGA